AGCCUGCUGAAUGCCAAAUGCUGAGUACACAUCCAAAGACGUUCUCAAAACAGCCGCACUGUAAUUAACAAAGGACGUUUACCUGCUGAGUUUAGUCGCUAAGUGAGUACCUAUAUAAGACCGAGGACAUGCAUAGCGUUAGUUAGUAUACUUUGAAAAUGCAAAGCGUUUGAAGUGAAUUUUUGAGCAGCUGUCAAAUUUUAAGGAAUUUUUGUUUAAAUAUUUAACUAACAAAAAAAAAAAACACAAUGUUUGGAAGGUUUUUGGGUAUGAAGAAGAAGAAAAAGCUACUUAAUCCCACUGAAUUGGGUGGUAAAAGGAAAAGAAGUAGGCUUAGCUCUGAUGCAUUCGCGGAUUAUGAUGAUGAUAUAAUGAAAAUGACAACGUUGGAUGCAUUCUCAUGUCCGAAGGUCAAAGCGGAGAAAAACCAAAUUAAAGAUUAUUUAACUACGACGCUUAAGCUACUGGAUGAAGCAAAAUCUACUUGUACACAACUACAGGAUCAGCUAUGCGACAAAGAGGGUUAUUAUCUGCAGCGAGAAGAAGAUCUACAGGCGUUGCAUCGCUGCGAGAUGGAGAAAGCACACGCCAAUCUCGCCGAUUAUCAAGCCUUUGCACAGGAGAAAGUCGCAGCACUCGAAUCACAACUGGAGGCAAGAGCUGCGGAACAAAAGCGUACGCUCGACUCGUAUCGACUGGAAUUGGACAAUAAACUGGCACAGAAACAACAGCAACUUGUGGAAGCCGUAGAACGUGAGCAAGCAUUAAAAGAGCGUUUCAGCGCGCUGGAGAUUUCCGAGCAAAAAUUACGUGAUAAGCUGACUAGCACUGAAAAUGCAUACGCUACGCGCUUACAAGCUGCCGCCGAACGUGAGAAUCAGUUGAAUGGGCGCAUAAAAACGCUAACCAAGGAACUCGAAUCGUUACGAACCUCCAAAGAGUAUAGGGAGCGCGAGCUGCGCGAUAAAUUGAAUCUAUCACAGGAUGAAAUUUCAGUCUUGCGUUCAUCACAGCGCAGCUUCAACGAGAGCUUGGAUCGCAGCAGCGGCAUUAGUUCGCCACGCAAUUCCAGCGCUUCGGAGCUGGCGCGACUGCAAAGGGAAGCGGAUAGUUUACAUUGCGUGUUAGAGUUGAAGCAGAAAGAGAUAUCGAAGUUGGCCAAACAGAAUGAGGAGCUGUUGCGCGAUGCCGAAGAACGUGCUGUGCUGCAGGGCAGAAUAUCAUUGCUUGAAUCAAGCAACGAGAUGCUAAGGUCAGAGCUGGAAAUUAAAUCGGAGAAGGAGAAGGACUUCCUACGCCAACUCGACGACAAGCAAAAGGCUUACAACCACGAAAUGGUAAAACGCAAACGCCUUAGCUAUGACAACGAGGCCCUACAAUGGCAGCUCAAACAGCGCUCCGAACAGCUACAUAUUGUUGAAACUAAAUUACACGAGCUCUCCGCUAUGGAAUCCAAUAACGCCAGUAUUCAAUCUAGUCUUGGUUCACUGAAUCGUUCUCAGCUAAUGAACGGCUCCUCGCUGGUCAACAUACAAAUGGACGACAUCUCCCCACCCACAUCGCCGAUCGUCAAAGGUGUAAUUGAGAAGCCCGAUUCCGUAUCGUGGGUGCUUGAAAUGGACGAUGAAACACCCGAAGCAGCCGCUUCAAAGAUGGUAAAACGUGCUGGCUCAUUCCGUUCGGUCGAGCGCAGCCCUUCGACGCGCCGUCAAUUGUCCGGUUGUGCUAGCGCCAUGAAUACAUCACUGAACUGUGCCGGCAGUGCAGCAACAUAUAGAAAUGGCAAUAGCACUGCCGGGCCCAAUCCACUCUCGCAGUCAAUGUCCGCCACUUCAGUGAUACGACCACAUUCCAGCGAUGUGCGCACCGAGUUCAGUAAUCGUUCACACUCGCGCAUACGCUCCAAAUCGGUGAGUGUAAAGGGCACCGAACCGGCGCAGGCCAGUGGAAGCGCUCUUAAUACCGGCUCUGUAGGCACAAAAAGUGGCAAAAAUCUACUACGUCAAAACGCCAACUCGAGUGCACGCAAGCAGCAUCAAUUGGAGUUGAUCAAUUGGAAGGAGCCGAUGAGUUCGAGUUCACCGCAUCCGAAUGCGUUACGGCCGCGUACUUCUACGAUGUGCUCAGAAGUCGCUGAAGAGCAGCACACACUGGCGGCUGGUGGACAUGAUGAUUCGCUUUUUCAACGCACGUCAGUUUCAAGCACAACCAAUCGAAAGCUCAUCACGUGCGAUACAUCAAAAUUGAAUUCGGGUGAGCGCCUGGAUAUGCAAUCGUUGCCCACACAUACAUCUGUGCAUGAUCUGAAGAAGAAAUUCCAUGAGAUACAAGAAUCUGCAGGCGAGGCAAUGGUAUCGGGCACCAACUCCGAGGACGAAGGUUGUUCCGCGUCGUCUGAUGAAAUUGUUUGCUCAGCCUCUACAUCGUCGGCGACCACAGGUUCGACCUCGUCGCUAAAGAAUUCACACAUGUCGCUGGAAGAAGUGCUGCUAUUGGAUAAAAUCAACAGCCUCAAUGGCACACCGAUGGAAGUGAGCUGGUCCGAUGAUCCAGAAGUAUUUACUAACGGCUCAACGGUAUGACAAGAAGUGCCGGAAUUAGAAGAGCAAGAUGAGGAAGAAGAUAGCUUCUGAACCUAAAUGUAAAUUUGUGAAAUUGCAAUUUAGCUGGCGUUCAAUAUGAUUUUACUGGCGAAUCGUCUACAGAAAAUAUGCAACUAAAAAAUGGGAAAAUGUAAUUUUAUAAGAAAAGAAAAGCAAACAAAAAAAUGUGAAAGCCAAUGAGAGGUUGAAUAAGUUGCGACUGUUCUACUGCGAAAGCACUUAAACUUCACCCGCUACCCGCUGAGGCGAGGAGAAGUAUGAAUGCUUUAUAGGUGGAAGAUCGCAACGAACGGAAGAGAACAGGCUGACCAAAAUUAUGUAAUAGAUACUAUAAGCUGGAAUUGGGCGCCAUGUGACGCCACUGGUCAGUAAGCAAUGCGCUUGAAUAAACAAAUACUUAAAAUUAUUUUAUUUAAUUUAUUU